CUGAUUAAAGUAUUUUUAUUAAAGUUUAUUUAGAUAUGUCAGAGGAAGAACAAAAGCUUGCUCCUGGGGCUUUCGAUACCAAUGUUGAUGAAUUGGUUGAACUGGUCGAAGCUUACAGGAACAGAAACUUCAAAGAAGAAAUAGAAAUGCUCCAAGAGAAAUUUGAAGGCCCUGAGGGCCUAGCCGAAAAACUCAAGACCAACCUUGAGGAAGGUCUCAAGUGUGAUGACCUCUUCAUCAGAGACAAGGUGUUUGGAAGCAAUCAAAAAGAUCCUCCUGUAAGAAACGGGUUUUGGAAGUUGUUCAUGGAAGCAAUGGACGACCUCAUGCUCAAGAUCCUGAUAGUCUGUGCUAUCGUAUCCAUCAUCAUAAAUAUGAUUUUCGAAGAGGAGCACAGAUCCAUCGCUUGGAUUGAAGGAGGUGCCAUCCUCCUCGCGGUUUUUAUCGUAUCUGGAGUCACUGCUUGGAACGAUUAUAAGAAGGAAGAGCAGUUCAUCAAAUUGAAUGAGUACAGCGACUCAAAGAAGAAUGUUGGAGCUAUUAGAAAGGGAGUCGAAACCAUCAUCAAUAUCAACGACAUCAAGGUAGGAGACAUCAUCCAGGUUCAACCAGGAAUGAGUAUCCCUUGAGAUGCCAUCCUCCUCAAAGGAAGUGGUGUGAGUACUGAUGAAUCUGCCAUGACUGGUGAAAGUAUCGAGCUCAAGAAAGGAAAUCUUGAAAACUGCCUCCAAAAGCUUGAAGAGUUUAACGAAACAGAAGAUGCUAAAGAAGGACCCCAUGAAAUUCCAUCCCCAGUCCUUCUCUCUGGAACUCAGAUCCAGACUGGAGAAGGAUGGUUCUUAGUAAUCAUGGUUGGAAAGAACUCUUGUGUUGGAAAAAUCAUGUCCAAGCUCAACCAAGAUGUUGAGAUGACUCCACUCCAAGAGAAACUUGAACAAAUCGCUAAUGAUAUUGGUCUUCUCGGAACUUACGCUGCUGCAAUUACUGUUAUCGUUCUCUUUAUUAGAUUCUUCAUCGAACAAGGAAUGGAGGGAUACGACUGGGGAAAUAAUAUUGGAGAAUACUUAGAAAUUUGGUUUAGAUAUCUAAUAGUAGGAGUCACUAUCAUUGUCGUUGCUGUUCCAGAAGGACUCCCUCUUGCAGUUAUCAUCUCCCUUGCCUACUCUGUCAGGAAAAUGCUCGCUGAUAAUAACUUUGUAAAGAGACUAGCUGCUUGUGAAAUCAUGGGAGGAGCUAACAAUAUCUGUUCUGACAAAACUGGUACUCUUACUAAGAAUGAGAUGAAUGUGACCAAUAUCUGGAAUGGAAGAGACAACAAGCUCAACGUUGAGUUCCAGUCUAUCGACCCUAGCACUGUUUUUCCAGAUGAGAAGACUCGUGAUCUCUUUAUUCAAUCAUGUGCCUGUAACACAGUUGGAGAGAUUGGUAACACCAAUGCCACUGGAGAAGCCAUCUUGAAAAUGCUUAAGCAAUUUGAUAUUGAUUACAAUAAUUUGAGAGAGACUUUCCUGCCAGAUCCAUUCGUUAGGUUCCAAUUCACUUCUAAGAGAAAGAAGAUGUCAACGAUUCUCCAAAACAUCGAGGAUAAUGAGUCUGAUUAUGACAAGAGACUCCAUGUCAAGGGUGCCUCUGAAAUAGUCUUGAAGCUCUGCACACACUAUAUUGACGAGAAUGGAGAGCAAGUAGAACUCACUGAUGAACUCAAAGAAGAUAUCAUUAACAACACUAUUACAGAUUAUGCCAAACAAGCUCUCAGAACUAUCUGUGUUGCCUACAGAGACAUCGAAGAGGAAGAAGGAGGCGCCACUCAUGAAGACGAUGCUGAAGAUGGUGUAAACAAACAAAUUGAGAUGAACGGACUCAUUUGUCUUGGAAUCCUUGGUAUCAGAGAUGUCAUCAGACCAGAAGUCCCAGAUGCCGUAAAUAUCUGUCAAAAAGCAGGCAUUAAGGUCAGAAUGGUCACUGGAGAUAACAAAGUCACUGCACUUGCUAUUGCCAAGGAAUGCAACAUUAUCUCAGGCGAAAAUGAAGAUUCAGUUCUCGAAGGCCCUGAAUUCUACGAAAGAGUUGGAGGCCUCGUCAAAGAAGAUCCUGAACUAGACUCUAAUGACAGCAACGGCAGAGAGUCUAAAGAAGUCGUUAAGAAUAUGGAGGAGUUUGUCAAAAUUUGGAAAAACCUUGAUGUCCUUGCUAGAUCAAGACCUGAAGACAAAUAUCUCCUUGUCACCGGUAUCAAACAGAUGGGAGACACUGUCGCAGUCACUGGAGAUGGUACCAAUGAUGCCCCAGCUCUGAAGAAAGCUGAUGUUGGAUUUGCUAUGGGUAUUACCGGAACCGAUGUUGCGAAGCAUGCUGCUGAUAUUAUCUUGCUUGAUGAUAACUUCUCAUCUAUUGUAAAGGCUUGUAUGUGGGGAAGAAACAUCUACGCAAAUAUUAGAAGAUUCCUCCAGUUCCAACUUACUGUAAACAUCGUUGCUCUUAUUUCUGCUUUCAUUGGUUCAUGUAUUCUCAGAGAAUCACCAUUAAAGUCAAUUCAGCUUUUAUGGGUGAACAUGAUUAUGGAUUCUCUGGCUUCCCUUGCUUUGGCUACUGAGCCACCAAAGAAGGAACUUCUUGAUGGACCACCCUACAGAAGAGAUGAGUACAUAAUUUCCAGAAAGAUGGUCAAACACAUCCUCACCAUCGCCAUCUGGCAGUCAAUUGUAAUAUUCACAAUGGUUUUUGCUGGAGAGCAUUUCAUUCCUGAAGACCCACACUAUGAACUGAAGCAGGAAAAUGGAAACAUCGUGCCUGGAAGAAGCUACACUUUCAACGGAGAGCCACUCUAUUCAACAUAUUUGAAGGCAUACGGGCCAAGUAGACAUUAUACAAUGGUGUUCACUACUUUUGUCAUGCUUCAAGUGUUCAACAUGCUCAAUGCUAGAAAGAUCAAUGAUGAGAAGAACAUUUUCGCUGGAAUGACUGACAACCCAAUGUUCUUGACAAUCUGGGUAGGAAUCUUCAUUGUUCAGGUAGUCAUAACCCAAUUCUCAGCAGAUGUAUUCCAAGUGAAUAGACAAGGCCUUACCCUCACACAAUGGGCCAUCUGUAUCGGCCUCGGAUUCUCCUGCUGGAUAGUCUCAUUCAUUGCCAAGUACAUUCCAGACACUAUCUGCCCUGAACUUGGCAAGAAGAGAAAGCACAUUGACGAGCAUCAGCCAGGAGUAAUGGGCCUGAGAAGAGGAAUCACCAAGAAACUGACAAACAGAAUGCCGUCCAUGAGCUUUAACUAAGAAAUUUCAAAUUUCUAAACCUGA